CACACGCACACCCCUCUGUCCCCAGACCUCUCCCUCACCCGCCCGGCCCAGCACCUCCAGGGGCGCGCACCUGGCCGCCUCCCGCAAGGACACACCCCGGGGGGAGGAGCUGCCGUCGCGGUGGGGCCCAGCCCACACCGGCUGCGAGCUCCCUUUCCGCUUCUCCGCCGGCCCCGGGGGAUCGACAUGGCCCAGGAGCGUCCCAGCACCGCCCUGGAGCCCCAGCACGUCCAGCGGUUGCUGCUGUCCUGCCAAGAGGCCAAGAAGUCCGCCUACUGCCCCUACAGCCGCUUCCCGGUGGGGGCCGCUCUCCUCACCGAGGACGGCAGGAUCUUCUCGGGGUGCAACAUAGAAAAUGCCUGCUACCCGCUGGGUGUCUGUGCUGAACGAACUGCCAUCCAGAAGGCCAUCUCGGAAGGGUACAAAGAGUUCAGGGCAAUCGCUAUUGCCAGUGACUUGCAAGACGAUUUUAUCUCACCCUGUGGGGCUUGCAGGCAGGUCAUGAGAGAGUUUGGCACCGACUGGGCUGUCUACAUGACCAAACUGGACGGCACGUAUGUUGUCCGGACGGUCCAGGAGCUGCUGCCUGACUCUUUCGGGCCCGAGGACCUGCAGAAAAUCCAGUGAGGGGUGGAGAGCACCCUCCGCCCGGGAGCCCCUGCGUUCCUACACGGGCUAAGGGGACAACCACCCGGAGGACUUCAUGAAGACAUUCUCACAGACCUGGGGACACCUGCUGAACGGGCCCCAACCCGCCGGGCACUGGGCAGAGACGAUUUUUCCAAUUAACUCUCGAGCACCAGGUUUCUACGAAGUGAUACCGGGUUGCCCUUCCGGCCUCUCCUUGCAACCCGUCUCGUCCUCCCCGGAACUCAGGGCACCCUGUCCCUCUCUCUCCUUCCCGUGGGCCUUCUUUCAAAUUCCAACCUAGUCUGGACUGCUUCCCCAUCUGUCUUCCCAAGGUUCUGUCCUGCUCUGGGUGACUUUUCUAAUGAUAAACAUCACAAAACUUUUGAGAGAGGCUUUUCGCUCCAUCUCAAUCCUUGCUGUAGCUCUCAGGAAGGGUAGUCUUUAUAUUAAAUAGAAAGACCUGGACUCUCCCUGCCAGGAACAGAACCAGACAUCUUGGAUCUGUGUAGCUGGUGUGGAGAGCUGAGUUUUUAGAUCUCUUGUCCCUGCCUUCUUCCAAUGGGGUUCUGCUGGGCUGGGUCUUACUGCGAACGGCCAUUUCUAGAGUCUGUUCUGGGCUAAGUCAGACCCGGGCCCUGGAUGCUGUCACCCCCCAAGUAUAAAGGUAGGGAAGGGCUGUUUGUUUAGAUGGCAGAGCAAACAUCUCUUUGAGAACCUGCUGUGUGUCCAGUGAUUUUACCUGGAUUAUUUUGUAUUUAAAGUACUCAACAACUCAGUAAAGUAGCUAUCUCCCCCUUCUUACAGUUGGGGGCCCUGGGCCUCAGCGAGGUUGAGUAACUUGCUUUCAGACCACAGCAAAGUUUAAACCAAAAUCCAGGUCCCAUCACUCCCCCUUGUAAGGUAUAGUUCGGGCCGAGGCAGAAAAGGAAAGACGACCUCAACGGAAGUAGGUUACCUUUAUUCAGGCAAGGAGGGGCGACAGUCGACCAGGCUGAGUGCCGAGAGGGAUCAGGGAGACUCCAUAUUUAUAGAGAGGUUUGCGGAAGCGAUAAGGGAAACGUUAAUCAGGCGGGAUGUUUUGGGUAUUCUCUAGUUGAGAUGGCAUUUGUAGUUGGGCAGGGGGUGAUAAGUCUUCUGGGCAGGUGUAGGGGGUGGAAGGUUUCUGUGUAGGGGGUGAUAAGUCCCAGAUAGUUUAAAAAAAAAAAAAAAGUCCCAGAUAGAUGCAACCGGCCUGGAGCUUCAGGGCGGAACCUAAAGUUCUGUUUUGUUCUCUCCGAAGUUAGAUGAUUCAGCAAGGGCCUUUGAGACUGUUGUUUUCUUUUCUAGGCCCGAAGACUCCUUCACCCCUAGGAUCUAGAAACAGUGCCUGCUCUUUGCCAUGUGCUGUGAUAUAGCAGACCUGGAAUCUGAACCAGGUCUGACUCUGAGUCUUUUUCCACUUUUUCCGCAGCUGAUGUCUGGCUGCCUUUAUUUACUGAGUCUUUUCUAUAUGCCGAAUACUGCAGAGAAAGAUGUAUAAGAAACAGUCUUUGCCUCUGAGGAAUUUGCAAUCUGAUAGAGAGGUGUAAACAGGACUCGGGCUCAGAAAUAUACACUGCGAUCUAAGCUGGUAGCAAGCGCAGGGGGCAGCACGCUGCCUUCUGGGGAGUGAAGAGGGUCAGAUAGGGAACUGUCUGUUUCCUUGGUGCAAUUAGGAAGGUGAGGGCUGAAAAGGGAAGGAGCUGAGCUGGCUCUGUAAAGGGGGCUGGCAGCUCUAGGUGUCCUCCCUGGAGGAGCUGGCCUCGGGGCCAGUCUUUGUGGCUGGGGUAACAGUAGAGCAUGGGUUUCCUCUUUCUCCCCUUCCCUGGGAGUCCUUUCUUUUGAGAUCAGAGCAUCUGCAGGGAUUACUGGUGCGUGCGUGCUAAGUCAUUUCCACUGUGUCCGACUCUUUGUGACCCCAUGGACUGUAGCCCACCAGGCUCCUCUGUCUGUGGGAUUCUCCAGGCAAGAAUACUGGAGUGGGCUGCCAUGCCCUCCUCCAGGGGAUCUUCCUGAUUCAGGGAUCAAACCUGUGUCUCAUACACCUGCCUAUAUUGACAAGCUAGUUCUUUACCACUAGCGCCACCUAGGAAGCCCUACUGUCUGAUAAGACUGGCUUUUCCAUUACCCACCCAGACUUACCUGCUGCCAUCUCAAGAGACAGAAAAGUAGUAUUUCCAACAUUCUAUGUGAUGCAAAACUGCACCCUGCCUUUCUCUAGAAAUGGUUGCUGAGAACUUCAGCACACUCUUCUGGAUGUUCUCAACCAGGAGAAGUGAAGAAAGAAAAAGCAGGAAGAAAACGGGCCAAGACAUUAACAUCAGUUAAAAUUCUGAUCAGUGGGAGUCUAGAGUAGUGGGUUAUUUUCCGUUGUACAUAUCUGGAUUUUUUAAAUUCCCAAAGUAUUUCUUUUUCGUUUAACAACAACAACAAAAAAGAUGGUAUGGCAUAAUGGAGUUAAACAGCCUCCGAACCAUGUGGCGGCCAAACUGUGUGAUUUCAUUACCCUGAGUCUCAAUUUCCUCAUCUGUAAAUCAGCGGUGACAGUUCCCAGGGAACAGCAUUGUCUAUGGAUCAAAGGAAAGAGGCCUUAUUGAGAGCCCAGUGCUGGGUCCGCAAUAAGCUCUUGAUACAUGCCAGCUAUUCCUCUUGUGAAGAGUGACAAAUCUGGGUCCUUUGCAGAUGGAUGUGAUUUUUGCAAACAGGCUUUUACACUUGUUUAAUAAUUUUUUAAUUGAGUUCCUACUGUGUUGUAGGGCUGGGGCCACACCCUGGGGUUGCAGCAGUAAAGAUAUAAAAUCGCUGUCCUCACAGGGCUCUGUCUGCCUGUGGGAAAGACAUCUAAGUCAGCGGUUCCCAACCUUUCAGGCACCAGGGACCGGUUUCGUGGAAGACAGUUUUUUGGGGAUGGCACUUUGCAAAGAAGGAUUCCAAAAAUGAUUCGAACAAUGUCCCCUUGGAAGAAUGACACUCAUUUGGCUGCAGAGAGGCUGGGAUGUUUGUUUUAAAUAAAAGCACUUGCAUUUUGUAGUCCUGCUGUUCUGGGGGCUGUGAUUUCAGAGCAGCACGUGUUCCAUUGUUUAAGGCUGUCUGUGUUUUUUAGGACCCUAAAGCUAAGUCCCAGAUUCCCAUGGACAUAAAUAGAAGCAUGUAUAUCUCUGCUGCUCUUGCCAGCUGCUGCUAACUGCUUAUGUAAACUACAAGAUUCUUUUGGAUUUCCUUUUGGCAGGGAGGAGGGAACAAAUAUGAUUCACAGAUGCCAGGGGCACUUUGGGUGCCUGUGUCUGAAAUGAAGCCAGAAAAUGCUGUUCAAGAAUAAAUAAUGGAAUGGCCUAAUAAGUCUCACAUGCGUGAGUGCAUGGGAGAAGGCAAUGGCACCCCACUCUAGUACUCUUGCCUGGAAAAUCCCAUGGACAGAGGAGCCUGGUAGGCUGCGGUCCAUGGGGUCGCUAAGAGUCAGAGCAACUUCACUUUCACUUUUCACUUUCACCCGUUGGAGAAGGAAAUGGCAACCCACUCGUGUUCUUGCCUGGAGAAUCCCAGGGACGGGGGAGCUGGUGGGCUGAUGUCUAUGGGGUCGCAGAGUCAGACACGACUGAAGUGACUUAGCAGCAGCAGCAGCAGCAUGGGUGCAUGCUAAGCACUUCAGUUGUGUCUCUGCGUGACCCUAUGGACUGCAGCCCGCCAGGCUCCACUGUCCAUGGGAUUGUCCAGGCAAGAAGGUAGGUUGCUGUGCCCUCCUCCAGAGAAUCUUCCUGACCCAGGGAUCAAAUCCACAUCUCUUACAUCUAACCUGCAUUGGCAGGUGGGUUCUUUACUGCUAGCACUACCUGGGAAGUCCAGUAAGUCUCACACAUAUAUAAUAUUUUUUAUUGGAUUAUAUGAACACAGAAAAUACUUGGAAGGAAUGCUUAGUCUGUUGAUAGUUGUUGAGGGGUAUGGGAAGGGGACGUUAAGGGAGGACAAAUUAAAAGCUCUACAACUAAACAGAAAAGAAAAUGUCAUAAUUAUUGUGCUAGCUACCUAUGGCUGUGUAACAAAUUAUGCCAAAAUUUAGCAGCUUGGGACAACAGAAAUUUAUUAUCACACAGUUCCUGCAGGUCAGGAGUCUGGGGUGAACUGGGUCAUCUCAAAGUCUCAUACAAGACUGCAGUUAAGGCAUCACUGGGGCUGCAGGCUCAUCUGAAGGCUCCACUGGGGAAGGAUCAGCUUCAAAGCUAACAUGUGUGGCUGUUGGCAGGACUCCUACAGGCUGUUGCUGUUACUAUUUAUUUCCUUGUGACAUGAGCUGCUCGACAGGGCAAGUCACAGCACGGCAACUGGCUUCCCCCAGAAGAAGCAUGAGGGGGAGCCAGAGAGAAGCCAGAGUUUUUCAGUAGCCUGAUUGCAAAGGUAAUAUCCCAUCACUUUGCCAAAUUCUAUGCCUUAGAAGAUGUCCCUGAAGUCCAGCCCACAGUCAAGAGGAGGGGAUUCCACAAAGGCAUGGAUACUGGCAUGGGGUGGGUGUCACUCUAAAGAUGUAAAAUUUGGGGCUUAGAGUCUACACAUGGACAUCACCAGAUGGUCGACACCAAAAUCAGAUUGAUUAUAUUCUUUGCAGCCAAAGAUGGGGAAGCUUUAUACAGUCAGCAAGAACAAGACUGGGAGCUGACUGUGGCUCACAUCAUGAACUCCUUAUUGCCAAAUUCAGACUGAAAUUGAAGAAAGUGGAGAAAACCAUGAGACCAUUCAGGUAUGACCUGAAUCAAUAUGACUGUGACUAUGACUAUACAGUGGAAGUGAGAAGUAGAUUUAAGGGACUAGACCUGAUAGACAGAGUGCCUGAUGAACUAUGGACACAGGUUCGUGACAUUGUACAGGAGACAGGGAUCAAGACCAUCCCCAAGAAGAAGAAAUGCAAAAAAGCAAAAUGGCUGUCUGAGGAGGCCUUACAAAUAGCUGUGAAAAGAAGGGAAGUGAAAAGCAAAGGAGAGAAGGAAAGAUAUAUCCAUUUGAAUGCAGAGUUCCAAAGAAUAGCAAGGAGAGAUAAGAAAGCCUUCCUCAGCGAUCAAUGCAAAGAAAUAGAGGAAAACAAUAGAAUGGGAAAAACUAGAGAUCUCUUCAAGAAAAUUAGAGAUAGCAAGGGAACAUUUCAUGCAAAGAUGGGCUCAAUAAAGGACAGAAACGGUGUGGACCUAACAGAAGCAAAUGAUAUUAAGAAGAGGUGGCAAGAAUACACAGAAGAGCUAUACAAAAAAGAGCUUCAUGAACCAGAUAAUCAGCCAGACAUCCUGGAAUGUGAAGUCAAGUGGUUAGGAUGCCUCACUACGAACAAAGCUAGUGGAGGUGAUGGAAUUCCAGUUGAGCUAUUUCAAAUCCUGAAAGAUGAUGUUGUUAAAGUGCUGCACUCAAUAUGCCAGUAAAUUUGGAAAACUCAGCAGUGGCCACAGGACUAGAAAAGGUCAGUUUUCAUUCCAAUCCCAAAGAAAGGCAAUGCCAAAGAAUGCUCAAACUACCACACAAUUGUACUCAUCUCACACGCUAGUAAAGUAAUGCUCAAAAUUCUCCAAGCCAGGCUUCAGCAAUACGUGAACCGUGAACUUCCAGAUGUUCAAGCUGGUUUUAGAAAAGGCAGAGGAACCAGAGAUCAAAUUGCCGACAUCCGCUGGAUCAUUGAAAAAGCAAGAGAGUUCCAGAAAAACAUCUACUUCUGCUUUAUUGACUAUGCCAAAGCCAUUGACUGUGUGGAUCACAAUAAACUGUGGAAAAUUCUUCAAGAGAUAGGAAUACCAGACCACCUGACCUGCCUCUUGAGAAACCUGUAUGCAGGUCAGGAAGCAAUAGUUAGAACUGGACAUGGAGCAACAGACUGGUUUCAAAUAGGAAAAGGAGUAUGUUAAGGCUGUAUAUUGUCACCCUGCUUAUUUAACUUCUAUGCAGAGUACAUCAUGAGAAACACUGGGCUGGAGGAAGCACAAACUGGAAUCAAGAUUGCCAGGAGAAAUAUCAAUAACCUCAGAUAUGCAGAUGACACCACCCUUAUGGCAGAAAGUGAAGAAGAACUAAAGAGUCUCUUGAUGAAAGUGAAAGAGGAGAGUGAAAAAGUUGGCUUAAAGCUCAGCAUUCAGAAAACUAAGAUCAUGGCAUCCGUCCCAUCACUUCAUGGCAAAUAGAUGGGGAAACAGUGGCUUACUUUAUUUUUCUUGGCUCCAAAAUCACUGCAGAUGGUGACUGCAGCCAUGAAAUUAAAAGACUCCUUGGAAGGAAAGUUAUGACCAACCUAGACAGCAUAUUAAAAAGCAGAGACAUUACUUUGCCAACAAAGUAAUGACUUUGACUGUGGUCAAAGGUCUGUCUAGUCAAUGCUAUGGUUUUUCCAGUGGUCAUGUAUGGAUGUGAGAGUUGGACAAUAAAGAAAGCUGAGUGCCAAAGAAUUGAUGCUUUUGUUUUUUUUUUGUUUUGUUUUGUUUUGUUUUGUUUGUUUGUUUUGUUUUUUUAAUUUUUAUUAUUAUUUUUUUUUUCCAGUGGGUUUUGUCAUACAUUGAUAUGAAUCAGCCAUGGAUUUACAUGUAUUCCCAAUCCCGAUCCCCCCUCCCACCUCCCUCUCCACCCGAUUCCUCUGGGUCUUCCCAGUGCACCAGGCCGGAGCACUUGUCUCGUGCAUCCCACCUGGGCUGGUGAUCUGUUUCACCAUAGAUAGUAUACAUGCUGUUCUUUUGAAAUAUCCCACCCUCACAUUCUCCCACAAAGUUCAAAAGUCUGUUCUGUAUUUCUGUGUCUCUUUUUCUGUUCUGCAUAUAGGGUUAUCGUUAUCACCUUUCUAAAUUCCAUAUACAUGUGUCAGUAUGCUGUAAUGUUCUUUAUCUUUCUGGCUUAGAAUUGAUGCUUUUGAACUGUGGUAUUGGAGAAGACUUUGAGAGUCCCUUGGACUGCAAGGAGAUCCAACCAGUACAUGCUAAAGGAGAUCAGUUCUGGGUGUUCAUUGGAAGGACUGAUGCUGAAACUGAAACUCCAGUACUUUGGCCACCUCAUGCGAAGAGCUAACUCAUUUGAAAAGACCCUGAUGCUGGGAAAGAUUGAGGUCAGGAGGAGAAGGGGACGACAGAGAUGAGAUGGUUGGAUGGCAUCACCAACUCAAUGGACAUGGGUUUGGGUAGACUCCAGGAGUUGGUGAUGGACAGGGAGGCCUGGCGUGCUGCGGUUCAUGGUGUCACAUAGAGUCGGACACGACUGAACGACUGAACUGAACUGAACUGGUGGCUCAGUAGUAAAGCAUCGGCCUGCCAAUGCAGGAGACAGGUUUGAUAGAGUCAGGGAAGAUCCCAUACGCAGCGGAGCAACUAAGUCUAUGUCACAACUAUUGAGCCUGUGCUCUGGAGUCCAGGAACCGCAACUCCAGAAGACUGCAUCCUGGAGCCCGCGCCCCACAACCAGAACCACCACCACCAUGAAAAGCCCAAGUGCCGCAGCCGGAGAGCACUCACAGCAACACAGACCCAGUAGAGCCAAAAACAAAUAAAUAAAGUCAUUUUUUUAAAAGGUGUAAAAAUUGAAAAGGCACGUGGACAAAGAAAAGAAAAGAAAAGAGAAAAGCAGACAAAGGCAGCAGGAGGGCCUGGUUCACCCCGUUAAGGAGUUGACCUUGUUCCAAAAGGCAGCUCUCAGUUUCAGAUGGGUGUGUAGGGGUGUGUGUUUAUGUGCAUGUGUGUGACAUGAUCAGCUUUGAGCCUUAAAUAGCUCAGUCUGUCAAAUCAGGAGAUGUUAGAGCUCUGAAGGAAGACAAGAAAUAGCCAUACGGGCAAAAUAGCAUGCUUCUGGGCUUAGGGGGAGUUGGAACAGCAGAUUGUUUGCUUGUCCUGAUGAGUGUAUCUCUAUAUACUGGUAGUCUUUUUCAAACCAUGUGUGUAUAUUACUUUAAAUUAAAAGACUUUAAUUUUA